CCCCCCCACCUCCCGCGGAGAGUCGGCUGGCGAGGCCGACGAGAGCCGACGUCGGCGACGACUACGACUACGACGGCGGCUCGAGCCUUCUAGAAGAACACGACGCUCCGUGGGACGGAGUCGUGGAGGAGAGAAGAGGGAAAAACUGCCGGAGGACUCGCGCGACGGGGCGCGACUGCGAGCUCUUUGCGUGGGGAAAAUAUCAUCUUUGCAUAAACAAUGGCAGCGCUACCACGGAGGAUCAUUAAAGAGACUCAAAGAUUAAUGCAAGAACCAGUUCCUGGUAUCAGCGCCGUGCCAGACGACACAAAUGCUAGAUAUUUUCACGUAAUAGUAACGGGACCUGAAGAUUCGCCAUUCGAAGGUGGAUUGUUUAAGCUCGAAUUGUUCCUACCAGAAGAUUACCCAAUGUCUGCACCGAAAGUUAGGUUUAUCACAAAAAUAUAUCAUCCAAAUAUAGACAGAUUGGGCAGGAUUUGCCUGGAUAUCCUCAAGGAUAAGUGGAGUCCAGCGCUUCAAAUCAGAACAGUUCUGCUGUCCAUACAAGCGCUCCUAAGCGCACCGAACCCGGACGAUCCUUUGGCAAAUGAUGUAGCUGAACUUUGGAAAGUUAAUGAGAGCGAAGCGAUACGUAAUGCCAAAGAGUGGACCCGAAGAUACGCUAUGGACAACUGAUCUCAGCCUUGUCAGAUCGCCCACGACAAAGCAAAGCGACGUUACUCCUACCUUUCCCAGACUUUUCAUCACCUUACCCGCACCAACUGCGUAUCCGGCACCUGUGUCCACAAUUUUGCUAUAAAAAUAAUAAAAGUUUUGUAAGAGUAAACAGAAUGGAUAUUUUCUAUAUCGUGGGGGAAAUGCAAAGCACUGUUGGAUUUAUUCAAUCGCUCAUUGAGAAACUUCGUAAAUAUCUUCUUCCUAUAUUAACGUUGCGUAUCCGCAAGAGGAAGCCUCUCUCUGUGAGAAGACGUGGCGAGAUAUGUUACACAAGUUUGAAAUUAUAUUAAGGAAAAGUAUGCGACAUACAAUUCUUUCAAUAUACAGAUAUAUGAAACUAGUGAAA